ACAGAAAAAGAAAAGAAAAAAAAAAAAAAAAAACUCAGGAACAGCCGACUUAAGAUUUUCUUCUUCAUCUCCUUUUUUUCAAUAUCGCCGAUUCAUAUAUAAAUGACUCGUCUCCUUCGAUUUAGUCUCUUCUUCUUCGUCAUCGCCGGUUUAGGGUUUUCUUCUCUAUAAGCAAAAACAAAAUCUUAUCCUUUCUUCUUCUUCGUCUUCUUCUCUCUCCCUCUCUGUUAAUUUUCUGAUUUAGCUUUUUGCUUUGAGAACCCUUGCCUCAGCGAUCGAUCUGAAAAAAAAAGAAGGAACUCUUAUCUUGCCGGCGGCUGUAAAAAAAAAAAAACUGAUUUAGGACGGUGGCACUUCUUCUCUGAUUGUGUUUAUUUUUAUGACAGAGAACAUGAUGAACACUUGUAUCUAUCAGGCUUUAACUGUUACACUUGGUGUUGUCUAAUGCUGUCGGCAAGAAUCUAUCUUUAGGACUGCUAGGGACUUACUUAGAGGCUACACAGUUGACUUUUUCUUACAAGGUUAUAGGUUUAUUAGCGUUGUUAAUAUAUAGAAAUGGAAGCCAAGAUCGCCAAGGUGUUGGAUAGUAGGUGUGAAAAUGGGUUCGGGAAGAAGAGGAAGCGCGUAGCAACCUGUGCUGCAUAUGUUACUGGAGUUUCAUGUGCACAGCUGCAACAUGUUCCCCCACCGAAUGGGCAGAGUCAGGUUCCUGACAAGAGAAGGAAACUGGGAGGUGAAAACAAGCUUAGUGCUUAUGAGAAUCGCUCUGGGAAGUCACUGGUCAGAUACUACUCUUAUUUUAAGAAGACUGGAGCUGCGAAACGUGUUAUGAUCUAUGAGAAUGGUGAAUGGAAUGAUUUGCCUGAGCAUAUUAUCUGCGCCAUCCGAAAUGAACUAGAUGAAAAGAGAGCCGCGAUUGAGUUUGAAUUGUGUGGUCGCAGUUAUAUUUUGGACUUCUUGCACAUGCACAGACUGGAUUUGGAAACAGGGGCUAAAACCCCUCUUGCAUGGAUUGACGUUGGAGGCAAAUGCUUUUUCCCUGAGAUUUACGACAGUGAUGAAAGGACCAAUUGUUGCCAUCGUAACCGUGUGGAAGAUCCAAAGCAGUAUGCUCCACAAGAUAUCAAACUGCGCCUUGAGAUUGAUGUUAAUGGUGGCGAGCCUCCAAGGUUGAACUUGGAGGAGUGCAGUGAUGAGUCUGGUGAUAAUAUGGACGAUGUUCCAUGUGCUCAACGAUCCUCAAAUGAGCACUAUGACGAGGCAACAGAGGAUAGCUGCAGUCGCAAGCUUGGAGCUGCUGCUUCGAAAUGGGAUGAGACUGAUGCUAUAGUCUCUGGUUCAAAGCCUACUGGAACCGAAGUACUUGAUAAAGAUGCAGUUAAAAAAAUGUUUGCUGUAGGCACAGCUUCUCUAGGGCACGUUGCAGUGCUGGAUGUGGGCCGUUUUUCCAGUGAGAUUGCUAAAGCUCGUCUGGCGCUUUUCCAGAAGCAGGUUGAGAUCACCAAGAAACAUAGAGGUGAUGCAAACGUUAGGUACGCCUGGCUUCCUGCAAAGAGGGAAGUUCUAUCGGCAAUUAUGAUGCAAGGACUUGGAGUUGGUGGAGCAUUUAUUAGAAAGUCCAUCUAUGGUGUUGGGAUCCAUUUAACUGCUGCAGACUGCCCUUAUUUCAGUGCUAGAUAUUGUGAUAUUGACGAAAACGGUGUACGUUACAUGUUUUUAUGCCGUGUAAUAAUGGGGAAUAUGGAGCAUCUUCGUGGUGAUAAAGCGCAAUUCUUUUCUGGUGGAGAAGAAUACGACAAUGGAGUUGAUGAUGUCGAGAACCCGAAGAAUUACAUAGUCUGGAACAUCAAUAUGAACACUCAUAUCUUUCCAGAGUUUGUUGUUAGGUUCAAGCUGUCUGUUCCCCCCAAUGCUGAAGGGAAUUUGAUUGCUAAGCGUGAUAACUCGGGGGUCACUUUGGAAGGACCUAAGGAUCUUCCUCCGCAGUUAGAGGGAAACCAGGGAGCUGGAGGUUCAGGGAGCGCAAAUAGUGUCGGUUCAAGCACUACUACACCCAAAUCUCCAUGGAUGCCUUUUCCAACUUUGUUUGCAGCAAUCUCACAUAAGGUUGCAGAGAAGGACAUGUCGUUGAUCAUUGCUGACUAUCAACAACUGAGGGAAAAGAAGAUGACGAGAGCAGAUUUUGUGAGGAAACUGAGGGUGAUUGUAGGAGAUAAUCUGCUUAGGUCCACCAUAACAACGCUUCAAAACCAGCCAAAGUUGGGGAAAGAGAUUCCUGGAAGCAUCAGAGACCAUGAAGAAGGUGCAGGUGGGUUGUAAGUAAAAAAAAGAGGAUGAUGACGAAUAUCAAAAGGAAGCUGCUUUCUAAUCUACCCGCCUUUGUGGUUCUCCUUUUGACUUUUUCUAAUUUUAGGCUUUUGGUUUUGGGGUCUCUGUCGUGGGUAGGGCUUAAUGUGUCGACUUUUCUGUCGUGAACAAGCGUAUUAUAUAAGACAGUGAUGUCGUUGGGUCUUUGUUUUUCUUUAGCUGCAAACAUUGUUGUGGAAGUCUUUGAAUUGACUAAAGUUUGGUCGUUGAGUAGUAUCGCGUGAAACUUCUCUUCACUAUUUCACC